CUUCAGGGACAACUGUGGCAUCUUUGGUGUGAAAAAGACAAAGAACUUUAUCAUCUAAGAGAAAAGGGAAAUCGAAGCAUUGAACAACACAGAAGUGAGAUUGAGACAGCAAAACAAAGAAUUCGUCAUAAACAAUUGACCAAAGCCAAACCUCCUAAUGAUUUGAUGCGAUCUGUCAUUGAAAUUCUAUUAUAUUCAAAAACACACAACAAAUUCUACUUCAUACAAUGGUUGAGUAUGUUUAUGAACAACCUGACUGCAGAACACUUGGAAACACUGCGUGAAAAGCAAAGAGCUGUGUGGUCACAGAUACAGAUGGAAAAGAAAAAGGCAUCAAAGAGCAACUCCAUGCAAUCCUUGCAAAAUGACAUAGAAGUCAUCUCCACAAAGAUUAGCAAGUGUACUUUGGGAAUUGAUCAACUUCUCCGAGAAAUUGGCCAGAUCUAUGAAGCUCUGGAAGAGGCAUCCUCCAUAAAUGAUUCCCUAUUUCUCUCCCUUCCCCAAAUUGCUGCAGACCUGAUGAUAUCUGGGGCACCCAUUGAGCUGAUGGAUGGGGAUGUGUCAUAUGUGCCUCUAAAGUGGGUGGCAGCUGUUUUUGACAAGGUCUCUGAGAAACUUGGAGACAAACGUCUCUUUGUUCUCUCUGUUGUUGGCCUGCAGAGCUCAGGGAAGUCCACCCUGCUGAAUGCACUGUUUGGGUUGCAGUUUAGUGUCAGUGCAGGCAGGUGCACGCGGGGGGCCUACAUGCAGCUCCUGAAGGUGGAGGAGACCUUCAGAGAAGAACUGGGAUUUGACCUUGUGCUUCUUGUGGACACGGAAGGACUUCGG